AUGACGUCGUCUAUUGGUGACGUGUCAGUUUGUUUACAGGGCUGCAGCAGCGCGAACAUGGCUGUGGAUAUAACUCUUCUCUUUAAAGCCAGUGUCAAGACAGUGAAAACCAGAAACAAGGCGAUAGGAAUCGGCUUCGACUCCACCAAAGAUGAGAUUUUCAAGCGGAGCAGACCCAAGAGCGGCUUCUCUCCCAGGGCGAAAGAAGUGAUCUCGAAUAUUACAAAGCUCAAAGACUUUCUGCUACAACACAGGAAGGAUUAUGUGAGCGCCGGAAGUCUAAUUUCGUCAGAUCUUACUCGUAUGACGGACAAUGAGCGAGAUCAGAUCGACCAGGACGCUCAGAUCUUCAUGAGGACCUGUUCUGAAGCCAUCAAGCAGCUACGCAAUGAAGCAGAGAAGAAGAUAACAUCAACCCAAAUAAAGGAGCACAGAGGAGCAGUGCUGGACCUCAUUGAAAAGUAUCUGAGAGGAGUGUGCAAGCUGUAUUCUGAGCAGAGAGCAAUUAGAGUCAAGAGAAUGGUGGACAAGAAGAGACUAUCCAGACUGGCACCAGAACACCACAGUCGGGUGGAGAAACCACGAGAGGUGGAGCCUGUGGAGGGGAAAACUGUCAAGGAGGAAGGUUCUGAGAAGAGUGUGUCUGAGGUUCUGGACAACACUGUGGAACACCUGUGGGAGGAGGUCAGAGUGGAAGACGAGCUCUCUCCUGAGGAGAUCCAGAUGUUUGAGCAGGAAAACCAGAGGCUCGUGAGUGAGAUGAACAACCUGGUGGAUGAAGUGAGGCAAAUCGAGGGGAAGGUGGUGGAGAUCUCUCGACUUCAGGAGAUCUUCGCUGAGAAAGUCCUGCAACAGGAAUCAGAGAUAGACAAUAUUCAUCAACUGGUGGUGGGGGCCACGGAGAACGUGAAAGAAGGCAACGAAGAUAUACGAGAGGCAAUAAAAAACAACGCUGGCUUCCGGGUGUGGAUCCUCUUCUUCCUCGUCAUGUGUUCUUUCUCUCUGCUCUUCCUGGACUGGUACGACAGUUAACACAGCUGCCAGCACGCACUCUGUGUACGUGACUGCAGACUGCUCUGGCUCUGCCACAUAACUGGAGAAAACGGUAACGAGUGAUGACAGCGCUGAGACUCAAUGUUCAGUUUGUAUCGUGAUGAACACAGUUGUUCUUCAGAGAAGUUCUGGAUUCCGGUAGACGUGGCUGUUUGUUAUUCCCCGAGCUGAAGCAUCACUUUGUCUUUGUCCAGUGCUUUUAGUGAAGCUGCAGUGUGCUGAGAAACACUUGUUUGAAGGCGAGCUGCGUAGGGAGCACUGUAAACACUUUUAAAUUAUGAGUGUGAACGGUCUGUCUUUUUCUCAAGAGGAAUGAUCAUGGUUUAUAAUGACUGAAAAACACAGGUUUUGCUUUCUGUUGACCUCGUUUGGAGCCAGAUUUACUGCAGGAUUCUGUGUUCUGUUUGUAGUCAUUUAACUUACACCUCGCUGUCAAACCACUGAAUAAUGUUUUGUUAUCCAGGCCUCUUCUUUUUUUUUUAUAAUCUGUCAUAACACAACUGUACUGACACCACUCACAUUCUAGUAAAACAAGAAGCAAUAUGCUAACUUCA